AUGGCUCAUGCCCAACCAUCGCCAACUGGGGGCGUGACCCCCCACCAUGGCCACCUCGCAGCCCAUCCGCAAGUCAACGGCCACCUUCCGCUGCAGGCUCAAGGUCAAAAGGGACCUCCUUUGUCCACUGCUCAGAAAAUUGCCGCGCUUAACGAACAGGUCUGGCUCCAAAUUGGUAGCUUGACCGAGUUGAUGGGCGAUCUUGAUGGUGCCAUGAAUGCUUACGAGCAAGCGCUCCGGCACAAUCAAUGGUCAAUCCCUGCUAUGAAUGCCAUUUCUUGUAUCCUUCGCACCAAAGAACAAUUUCCGAAAGCGAUUGAGUAUCUUCAAAAUAUCCUGAAGCUGGAUCCAACAAGCGGAGAAACUUGGGGAAGUCUAGGUCAUUGCCAUCUGAUGAUGGACAAUCUGCAGGAAGCGUAUACCUCGUACCAGCAGGCACUAUAUCAUCUGCGUGAUCCUAAGGAACCCAAACUUUGGUAUGGAAUCGGUAUCCUGUACGAUCGAUACGGAUCCCUCGACCACGCCGAAGAGGCCUUCUCUCAGGUCAUGCGAAUGGCUCCCGACUUUGAGAAGGCGAACGAGAUCUAUUUCCGGCUGGGGAUCAUAUACAAACAGCAACAGAAGUUUAACCAGAGCUUAGAGUGUUUCAAAUACAUUGUUAGCGACCCACCUCGGCCGCUUACAGAGGAGGAUAUUUGGUUCCAAAUUGGCCAUGUUCAUGAGCAGCAGAAAGAUUUUGAUGCCGCUCAGACGGCCUAUAGAAGGGUCUUGGAUCGCGAUCCUAAUCACGCUAAAGUACUGCAACAACUCGGCUGGCUUUACCACCAGCAGAGCAAUAGUUAUGCAAGCCAAGAAAAGGCCAUUGAAUAUCUUGAGAAAUCAGUCAGUGCAGAACCGCCCCAUCUAGACAACAGUGACGCGCAGAGUUGGUACCUGCUUGGACGUUGCUACAUGUCGCAAGCCAAGUAUCCCAAGGCGUACGAAGCCUACCAACAGGCUGUGUAUCGGGACGGGCGCAACCCGACCUUCUGGUGCUCGAUUGGUGUCCUGUACUACCAGAUUAACCAGUAUCGUGACGCACUGGAUGCUUACUCACGUGCCAUUCGCCUGAAUCCGUACAUUUCAGAAGUGUGGUACGAUCUGGGGACUUUGUAUGAAUCAUGCAAUAAUCAAAUCGCGGAUGCUCUUGACGCGUAUGGCCGCGCCGCCGAUUUGGACCCGACCAACGUCCACAUCAAGGCACGCCUGCAGCUGCUCCAGAGCCAGCUAUCGGGCUCCAAUCAGAACGGCGCCCCGGCGCCCGCACCUCAGCCACAGGAUGUCCAUCCUCAGGCGUACCAGGCUCCUGGUGUUGGAGCUCCUCCAGCUCCUCAAUGGGGUGCACCAGCUCCAACUGGAGGUCCUCCCCCGCAGCCUCCGGCUCCCCCAAGGCAGAUAGCUGAUUGGAAUCGCGGUAUCAACGAAGUCCAGUCUCAGAGCCAGGCGCAACCCCAGCCAGCAAAUGGAUAUGAUCAUCGUGAUGCAGUCCGGGGCCCUGUGGCACUUCAGCAACCAAGCCCGCGCCAGGAGCCUGGAAGGGCAUUCCCUGAAAGUGUUCGUGCUCAACCCGCAGCUCGCUCCCCUAAGACUGUUGCCGGACCUAGCGCAUUUGGACCAACACAUGCGCUACCUCAACUGCCUAAUCCACCACCGCCACCCCAUGACCGUGCUCCUGGCGGUACUACUCCAUUUGGUUCUGCUGCACGGGGACCGCUACCGCCAGCCCCUGCUUCCGUUCCACCUCCGGCUGGUCCAGCUGGACCCAAUGGCACCCCCGCCUCUGCUGGACCUCUGCCGCCGUAUCCUCGCCCAUUCACUCCGCCAACGGAAAUUAGACCCAUUCGGGAGGAGCGGCCAUCCUCCCCCGGCUCCACAUAUCCUCAUCAGCAGUAUCACCAUGGCCCCAGCGUAUCUGUCCAGGUCCCUGGCAGCACUGGCAUCGCAGGGGGUGCUCCUCCUCCAGCAUCUGCGAUCACUGCUGCAGAAGCCGCUGCACGUGAGCGUGAAGAUCGCCCGGCGUCAGCUAUGAAGCGUGCACGGGAGUGGGAGACUGAACCUGGCCCAUCAAAGAAGGUUGCUAGCGAGGAAAACCGUGCACGCUUGGACGAUCAGGCGACUCGUCGUGUGACCCCUCCCAACCGCAUGCCAUCGCCGAAUGAGCUCCAGCGUCGGGGUUCCUCCGAGGCGCGACGUGAAGAUCAGCGCCGUGUGAAUGAAAGCUAUCAUCCCUCGGAGGCGGCCCACCACCCCCCCACUCUGCCAUCCAUCCAGCAUAUGCCCCAGAAUGCGACUGGUUCCAGCCUUCCUCCGAUGAACGAGGGUCCUGCUCCAUCUACCAAUGGACCUCCGCCAGGUGCCCCUACACCUCAGGUGCAGGUGCAGGUGAAACAAGAGCCCCCCCGAAGUGAGCAAGUUCCAGCUCAUGAACCGGCUGCGCGUAAGAUGGACGUUGAUGAAAAUUACGACGACGAUGGGGAUGAUGAGAAGCGGGCCAGCACCACGGCCAAGGCAAGUCCCACCGCUGGCAGCAGCAGCAGUAAUGGAGUGCUGAACGGUGGCUCCCAGAGCUCACAAUCGAAGCAAGAGUCCACAGCUUAA